GAACCACUUCCCAUUCCAUCUUUCUCAGCAGCCUUCCAAAUCCAAUACACACCAAAACGUACUUCAACCCAAAGAGUCAUAAUAACUUUGCCUAACACCUACCUCUUCAACCACCGCGUUCGCGCCAUCACGUUCGUCCUUUCACUUAUUACACUCCUCACGAAACUCCCACUGUUUCCAAUAUUAUUCACAAUGGCUCCAGCCCCAAGGGUGAUCUCCGACAAGGCCUCGAUGCGGAGCUGGUCGCGCUCGAUGCGGGCCCAGGGCAAGCUCAUUGGGCUGGUCCCCACCAUGGGCUUCCUCCACGCGGGCCACCUCUCGCUCGUGGCCCAGGCUCGCCAACUCUCCGACGUCGUCGCCGUCUCCAUCUACGUCAACCCGGGCCAAUUCGCCCCCACGGAGGACCUCUCCACCUACCCCUCCGACUUCGACGGCGACGUAAAGAAACUCGCGUCCGUUCCCGGCGGCGUCGACGUCGUUUUCCAUCCCCGUAACUUGUACGAUUACGGGAAGAACGGUGGUGGUGACGUGGCAGAGGCUGGUGGAAUGGUGUCGUGCGUUGAGAGUGGGUCCGGGCACGAGAGUUGGGUGAGGGUUGAGAAGCUGGAAUUGGGGCUGUGUGGGAAGAGCAGGCCCGUUUUCUUCAGAGGGGUGGCGACUGUGGUGACGAAGUUGUUUAAUAUUGUGGAGCCAGAUGUGGCUGUGUUCGGUAAGAAGGAUUAUCAGCAGUGGCGGCUUAUUCAGAGGAUGGUUCGAGAUCUUGAUUUUUCCAUAAAAGUGAUAGGUGCUGAAAUAACACGUGAUAAUGAUGGCCUGGCAAUGAGUUCACGUAAUGUGCACCUUUCACCUGAAGAGAGGGAAAAGGCACUAUCAAUAAAUAAAUCAUUGUUAAGAGCUAAAUCAGCAGCAGGAGAUGGUCAGGUGCAUUGUGAGAAGUUGACAAAUUUGGUCAUCCAAAGUGUUACUGAUGCUGGUGGAAGGAUCGAUUAUGCUGAGAUUGUUGAUCAAAAUAAUUUGGAGAAAGUGGAACAGAUCAAGAGUCCUGUCGUCUUCUGUGUUGCUGCAUGGUUUGGCAAAGUCAGGCUUAUAGACAACAUGGAAAUCAACUUGUCAAUGAAUGUUUGAUCUAACCUUCUGUCAUCUCAAACAUGGGCCACAUGCUUAAUUAAUAGUUCGAGCCACGUGCUUAACAAUUCUAACAGUUCAUGGUUAUAAUUUUUUUUUCUGCCAGCCAUACAUGAUUACUUGUAGAUGCAUUUUACCGCAUCAUAAAAUUCUAUGAGAGCUGCUACCAGUGGCAUUGCUAUUUGCUAGGAAUAAGUGAACCGGUUUGUUUCCUUUUUAAUCAAGAAUUCAUGGAUGCAUUAUUUAUACAAGAGUUCAACUAUUUGCUGAAUAACACCUCCAUGAAUGUGCAAGGGGAGGACUGAAGUUUACUGAUUGCAAAACAUGGGAUUGAAGGUUCUACUAUUUUAGGCUUGUAAUUUAUAUUAACUUGUUAACUGCCAGCACAAAUUGAAGCUAGGUAGGAAUACUAUUGGAAUGCACAAUCUGAUUACUAUCUUUAUGGAUCAACUUUGUAAACUUUUGAAAGAGUAUAAUAAGCUCGAGGGUCUUUCUGGUUGA